UUUCAAAAGGUACUUUACUAACAGCAGACUUAUUUUUUUUGUUGCUUUUGAUGUAGCCUGCGAUUGAUGCUUCCUACUUGGGAAAGCAAAAUGUCUUUUUCUUGAGGUUUCGGGUAGUAAGACAGGGUUUGGGUGGAUGGGGUGAAUGGGAAAGCCCAGCCUGCAGCAGGGGAAGGUUCCUCUGGGAAGUGAGGAUUAGGGUCCUAUCAGUUUUCACCUGCAAUAUUGUAACCAGACUUAAAAAUGCCCUUUGGGGUGGGAUGGUGCUUGAUCAAACUGACCUCAUUGGAAACUCCCCUGCUGUCCUCAGCCCUCCCGUGAUGUUCCAGGAUGGGUCCAUGGCCACGUCCCCAUAUGUGCGAUGGCCACAGCACCGCCCCGUUGCCACAGCUUUUAACACUUAAUGUAUAGCUCGAGAUGUAAAACCUCGACUGGCAACUUUGAGUAGAAAAGUGUCCUCAGGCCUGUUGAAUGCCUGAAAACUGCCAGCGUUAAAUUGUUUUAGGUUAAUAGGACCGAGGGGUGGCCACAUAAUGUUGUUACCCUUCUUGUAGGGUGCAGGUUGAGGGUGCAAUGGUGUUUCCAAGCAGCUGUGAUUUGGUCUUGCUUGGGUUGUUAGAAACGCUCGUCAGUCUGUUCUUCACUUGCUAUGCAAAUGAUGUCUAAAUGUCUCUAUAGUGCCGUUUACCCUGCGGAGCAGCACGUAAUGCUCAAUUCUUAAUAAAACUUUUGUGGCUGAUGGAUUUAACCAGUUAUUUGGGUAUUUUGCUUUGUUUGCUUCAGCUUGAGAGAGCAAACAUGAACUUUGUAAAGGGGAGCUUGGUCAUUAAAAUAGCGUGAUAGUGAAAGUAUUAAUUCUUUCAGCUUUGUGCUGGCGAGGGCCGGAUCAACUCAAACGUGCUUAGCAAAUCAGACAGUGCUGUUUGUUUCUGGAGUGAAGCAUGUGUUGGGGAGGAUGAGCUCGUUGGAAUUUAUAGCCGUCUGUCAUUGUCUCUGACUAGUUCUGGCUGUGUUUAACCUCCUAUAACUCAUGUGUGUUGAGUUCGAGUUGACUUAGUCCAAGAGUUUAUUAUAAGAAUCGUUACAAAGGACUCUCUGACCUGAGGUGACAGACUUGGGAGGCCAUUGGUCCAUUCGGAAAGCCGAAUGUCUCAGGAUGUGUGAAUCGGGUUGAAGAGGACUUAAAGCCCCCAAACCUCAGGUCUUUGUGGGUCCAGAUAUCAGGAGGAGGCGCAGUUGAAAUUAAUGUGUGUCGAGAACUGCCCUGAGGAAUAAAUGGACUCUUUUUACACCGGGGCAUGGAAAGCCUGAAAGAAAUCCCGAUCUUACUUGACCCUGGCGAGGGACAAGCUCUCAGGGGAACUGUUCAUUUUCCCCAAAGAUAACCUGUGCCUUUCCCUUCCCCCUCCCAGCCGGCACCGUCAGCGAAGCUGCCGCACAUUCCAGCAGCGAUAGCGCGUCGCUGGCUCCUGGGAGCUAAACCAGAAGGGAACGAGCCAGCGGUGGCGGCUGCACCAGGCGCCCAAAUAGCUGCGGGGAGAAGCGUUUUACAGCGUGUGCUGCCCACCAAGCGCCCGGCCGGGGGUUCAAGGCAGCUCUGGAAGAGAACGGAGUCUCUGCCUCUGUUAUUUGUAGUAAACAGUCAAAUAAUCUGCGUGAGAACAUAAAAGCAGCAGAGAAAACACGCAAAACAGACCUGCACGAGUGACAGGACAGAACCCGGUGGCUUUUCCAGGUUUAGCAGCAGCUGGGGUAAUUCCAGGGCUGGCCAGGCUUUGCCUUAAGUGUGUCUUAUGCCUGGCAACAGAAUGGUAAUGGAUAUCUUCUGAAGUUUACCUUUGUGAAAGGGUGUUCUGGCCUUAAAAAGCCCUUGUUGGAUCUGUCGGUGUAACUGUUUCUCUGCUCUGUGACUUUGGUCUGAUUCAGCAGCACAAAUUCUGAUUUAGACCUUCAGUGACUCAGCUUUAACCAGCAGCUGAAAAAAUGUUGGAAGCAAAUACUACUUGUAAUGCAGAGAAAUGGGAAGAGCAUCAUCCGGAAAGAAGCCAGGCUGGGUUUCGGAUCCAACAGCAUUAAGAAGCCGUUAUAAUCCUGGCGUGGCUGUAAUGACCCUGGAAUUACAGUGACUUUUUUUCUGUGGAGCUGCUGUGAGUGAAGUUCACUAAUUCAGGGAGGUUAUUUGCUACAAAAGGCGCUGAUUUAGGAACCUGAGGUCAGGGGGUUCCCGGAGCAGAGCGGCAUUUUGUACAAGCUGGGUCGGAACUCUGGUUUAAGUGGAGUCGCAGCGCGGGGUCCAGGCUGAGCCCAGCUAAGCCGGGUUGUGCAAGUUCGGAGGCAGUUGUGUGGCACUUGGCUAUUUAUGUGACCGGCUGAAUGGUGAUUCUGCAGAUAGUGUGAAGUCACUUAAUCGUUUUUCCUCCUCCUUUUCUUAAAAACUGCCUUUUAAUUGAAGACUUCGCUUUCCAAAGGUAACAAAUUUCUCUUUGGUAGGGACUCUAUAACCCUCAGAAUUAAGCUAGUUAAAAUGUUAGUUUUUCCAGCUGUUUUGUCUUCCCAUGUUGGAUGUUUGUACAUUGUAUAUGUCUUUUCUUGGCUUGGCUGUGAAGCUUUUCUCUGAAACUUCAGCUGAUCCUGGAAGGGCUCCAGAAGGGCUGGAGGUGCUUGAUAAGUUGGACUGAAAUUUUCUGCAGGCAACGUGGCUGAGGAAUGUUAAACACUUGAAAGAGGAGCGGUACGGAGAUAACGCUGCGAACUUUCACAGGGCGCUUCUUCCGUCUACCUGUAGCGGUUGGAAGAAAACAAAGAUAUGGGUGUCCAGCAGAGUCCUGGAGAAGAGCAAGUUGGUCUCAAGGUUAACGGGCACACUGAUGUUGUGUAUUGUGAUUGCUGCCUUCCCGUCCUGAGAAAGGCAAUUAAUCUGCUUGGAAAGACGUAUAAACAGCAGUCGACAUGGUCAAAGCAGUGGGUUGAGCUGAGUGCAGCUGUGGGAUCGACAUCCAGGUGCUUGGGUCCCUGGUUGCCUUUAGCCACACCAAACCAUGCGGUGUCACUGCCCUGACCGGGGGAAAUACACCAGCAGUCGAGUUUGAAGGGCUGCGUUAGUCAGAGACCAACACGAGUCCUGCGAAGGAUAACUAUCGAAUGAAGAGUUACAAGAACAAAGCCCUAAAUCCCGAGGAAAUGCGGCGGAGAAGAGAAGAGGAAGGAAUUCAGCUGCGCAAACAGAAACGAGAGCAACAGCUCUUUAAAAGAAGAAACGUGGAACUGAUCAAUGAAGAUGCCUCCAUGUUCGAUAGUCUCCUUGUGGAUUCCUACGUUAGUUCCACGACAUGUGGGGAGGGAAUGAUCACAAGAGAGAUGGUAGAGAUGCUUUUUUCAGAUGACCCUGAUCUACAGCUAGCAACCACUCAGAAAUUCAGGAAACUACUCUCCAAAGAGCCGAAUCCUCCAAUAGAUGAAGUGAUAAACACUCAGGGGGUGGUGGACAGAUUUGUUGAAUUCCUGAAAAGAAGUGAAAAUUGCACGCUACAGUUUGAAGCAGCGUGGGCACUGACGAAUAUUGCAUCAGGAACUUCCCAACAAACAAAAAUAGUAAUUGAGGCUGGGGCAGUUCCUAUAUUUAUAGAGCUGUUAAACUCUGACUUUGAGGAUGUUCAAGAACAGGCUGUCUGGGCAUUGGGGAACAUUGCUGGAGACAGCUCUGUGUGUAGAGAUUAUGUCCUUAACUGCGCUAUUCUUCCUCCCUUAUUAAUGCUCCUUACAAAGUCCACCAGGCUGACAAUGACACGAAAUGCUGUCUGGGCCCUGUCGAACUUAUGCAGAGGGAAGAGUCCACCGCCUGAAUUUGAUAAGGUAUCUCCCUGCCUGCCAGUCUUGUCCCGAUUAUUAUUCAACAGUGACUCUGACUUGCUAGCAGAUGCGUGCUGGGCUCUUUCCUACUUAUCAGAUGGCCCCAAUGAGAAAAUCCAAGCAGUUAUUGACUCGGGAGUGUGUCGGCGGCUGGUGGAGCUGUUAAUGCACAACGACUACAAAGUGGCCUCCCCGGCUUUGCGAGCAGUUGGCAACAUCGUGACGGGGGACGACAUCCAGACCCAGGUCAUUCUGAACUGUUCAGCCUUGCCCUGUCUCCUUCAUUUAUUAAGUAGUCCCAAGGAAUCAAUCAGGAAAGAAGCCUGCUGGACUAUAUCAAACAUCACAGCAGGAAACAGAGCACAAAUACAGGCAGUCAUCGAUGCAAACAUUUUCCCGGUGCUGAUAGAAAUCUUGCAGAAGGCAGAAUUCCGCACGAGGAAAGAGGCAGCGUGGGCCAUUACAAACGCAACGUCAGGCGGAACUCCCGAGCAGAUCAGGUACUUGGUCAACUUGGGUUGUAUCAAACCUCUCUGUGACCUGCUGACUGUCAUGGACUCCAAGAUAGUUCAGGUGGCGCUGAACGGGCUGGAGAACAUUCUGAGGCUUGGGGAGCAGGAAGCCAACCAGAGCGGGACGGGCAUCAACCCCUACUGCAGCCUGAUCGAGGAGGCCUAUGGUUUGGAUAAGAUUGAGUUCCUACAGAGCCACGAGAACCAAGAGAUCUACCAGAAGGCCUUUGACCUGAUCGAGCACUACUUUGGCGUAGAGGAUGACGCCACUCUGGCUCCCCAGGUAGAUGAGAACCAGCAGCAAUUCAUCUUCCAGCAAGCCGAAGCCCCCAUGGAAGGUUUCCAGCUAUAAUGUGUCUGAGGUGGGGAAAAGAAACACCACAAACUUGGCAGAAAGCAGCUGGGAGCAGCUGAUGGGCUCAUCCUCUCCUUGCAACCGGACGGCUACGCGCUCACUCCACCUGUUAGGAAACAAUUCUUCCUUCCAACAACUAGAACCAGGGCUUUGUCCUCGCAAGGAAAGGGGAUGUUCUUACACUUAUUUUUCUUUUUGCUGCUGCAAACAUGUCUUUAAAGCAGGCAUCUGGGUGGAGGAAGGACACGGAGGUAACAGAUUGCACCUCUCGGUGUGUGUUUUAUUUUCUUUGUGGUGAUCUCUCCCAAAUGUCACUUCUUACCUCGGGUACUUAAUUGAGAUUUCAGUGUUGGGUUGGGUAAGAACGCAGAUAGAAAGUAACAAUAAUUCUGCAAACCUGGGUUGAUCUAUUUAAGGUUGUUUUUUUUUUUGCACAUGUUACUCUUUAUUAAAGACUCUAAUUUGCCAAGAGCAAAGUUUAGCCCUGGCCUUUCUGCGACCCUCCUGCAGCGGACAGUCCUGUUGAACCUGGGCCAAGUUCCCCUGAAAUACUGUAAAUGGACAGAGAAAUGCAAAGUUCUCCCAUUCCUGGGAAGAUUUUUCUAGGGAAGGCUUCUUACCCUUGUCUAAAUUUUUGAUUUUGCUUGUUUUCUUCUUUUUUUGGAGAACUGCUAGUGCUAUUUCCAAGGAGAGAGUUAAAAACACGAGGCAACAAGCCCCCAAAGCCGGUGAUGCCGAAGAGGGCGGGAUGCUUGGGUGGGUUUUGAAGUGGGAAGCACAACUGCCCCAGGCUUUGUUCGCAUUGCUACUGACCAACCGUGGAACUGUCGGAAUGGUGAAAACACAUCAUCUUUACUUGAAAUAUUAAUUUUUGGUUGUUUUUUUUUUUCCUGACUGGGGUGGAUCAUUAUGGGCUGGAGGAAGAGGCCGGGGGUGACAAUGUUGUGUGCGGCGUUAACUUUGGUAGCACCGGCGCUGAGUUUUCGGGUUUACCUCCUGCUCACAGGUGGAUUAUGUACAUUUUACUUAAAAAAAAAAAAGGUCAAAUCUCUGUAUUUUUUAUAUUAUAUAUAAGCAGAUAUUUGUCUAAUUGGGCUUCAGAGAAAAAUAUAUAUGAAAUUUCUGUAAUUUAUGUAAAUAGAGCACUGUGAGCAGGCAGACCCGGAGAUGACAGCCCCCCCGCUGCUCUGGUCCUGCUUCUCUGUUCACUCACGUACUGUAUCAGCCACCCUCGACCUCUCUUAACCCCCUCUGCCCUUUUUGAGUCAUUUCGCCAAGAUUUCACUCAACAAAAAGCGAACGCACGAGAACAAAACCGCUUCUGGGGUGUGGGGGGAGCCGGGGGGGUGAAGCCCCAGCCCGGGCUCCGGUUUGACGAAUCUUGUGAAACGAAUAAACCGCAUCGUGCA